AUGGUUGAAUCGACCUCAAACAAGUCUGUGAAGAAGACGAAAGUUGUAGCUAGUCAUCCUAAGACAAUGGAUAUGAUAGUUGAAGCUAUUCAGGCACUGAAAGACCGGAAAGGGACAUCAGUACAAGCAAUCAAGUCAUACAUUUUGACUCACCAUUCUACUGUCAGCCCGGCUCAUAUCACAUCCAGUCUACGCCGUGCAAUUAAAUCCGGCAUCGAGUCUGGGUUGUUAGUUCGUCCCAAAGAUUCUAAUGCUAAUGGCGUAAAUGGUCGUCUCAGAAUCGGCAAGCUCCCAGAGAAGCCAAAAAAGAAGGCA